UGGAGCAUGUUAUAUAGGAUGAGAUAGAUAGAUAGACACAGAAGAAAGAAAAAGCAGAGAUGGCAGUGUGUUCCUCACUCUCACUUCUUCCUCCCAUCCCUUCUCAACCCAAAACAUUCUCGUAUUCUCAAACACCACUCACCAAGAUCUUCACCAACGGUAACACCCCAACAAGGUUGUUCUUGUUGAAAGCUGGUUUCAAUGAGAUAGAGCCUGACCUCAAUGAAGAUCCUAGAGACGUAUAUGCCACAAAUGGAAUUGAUGCUGAUGAUUUUGAGUAUGGAAUUUAUGAUGGUCACCACACUUACUAUGAAGGAGAAGAACAGAAACGAACAUUUUGGGGUUCAAUUAUGGAAGAGAUAGCAGCAGCAGAACCCCCCACAGGAUUCCAGGGGCUUAUGUCAUGGCUCUUUCCACCAGCCAUUGCUCUUGGAGUGUACUUCAAUGUUCCGGGGGAGUACUUGUACAUUGCAGCAGGCGUAUUUGUAAUCGUAUUUUGCAUUAUUGAGAUGGAUAAACCUGAUAAACCCCACCACUUUGAACCUCACAUAUACAAUAUGGAAAGAGGAGCUCGAGACAAGUUGAUAAAUGACUAUAAUACCAUGAACAUAUGGGAGUUCAAUGAAAAAUAUGGUGACCUGUGGGAUACUACUAUUCAGAAGGACGACAUAACCAAGAGAUAAUUGUAUAUAUUUCAUCACUUAUAAUGACGAUUGAUUCCAAAUAUAGCCAUUUCAAUUUCAUAUUCUAUUUUCACUU